CAAAAGAAAAACCAAUGUGCAAAGAACAGCCUUCUUUCAAGGUGACUCUCCAGAAAGGUCCCCAGGAAGCUUACCCUCAGUCAGAGUCCAGAAGAUUCAGAGCUUGAACUCUAAUGGUCAGUGUUAGUCUCUGUCUGGAAAUCCGACUUUUUCCAAGUCUCUCUUCACAGCAAAGAAAUGCAUGUGGUAGUGGUAGCAACAGAAGUGAUAUUGCUCCUAAGCAUGGGGUGGACAUCAGACUCCCUCUGCUCACCCACCAUUUUUUACAGAGACUGCUGGAUCCGCCGCUUCCCAGGUCUUCUAAUUGAUUUGGAAGAGUCUCAGAAGCUGGGAGCCCAGUUCUUGAAAUAUUAUUCUGAGAGCACUGGCCAGAAGUGCAGUAGGAGCUGCUGUCUUAGGAAGGACGUUUCCUGUAACUUGGCUGUCUUCUUCCAUGAUCCUAUUCAUGACAACGUCAAUUGCCUACACAUCCACUGCCCAACACUGGAGAGCUGCAUAUUAGAGCCUGGAACCGGUGCCAUUCUGUACAACAUAACAGAUGGUAUAGAUCCAGAUUUGCUGGUUUUUGAGCAAUCACCUUCCACAUAUCUAAAUACCCGUUCUUCAUCUGAUAGGUGGGAGAGACUAAGGAUUCUAAAAGCUAUGAAUUUAGAUUAUAAACAACAAACCACCAUGAUAAACCACAUGUUGCCAUCAAUAGAGGCUCCAUCAUCAGCCCCACAUCAAGAUUUGGUUGUAAAUACAAACAGUACCCGUUAUUCAAAGGAAUUAACCACAGAUUUUUGGGCAAAGUUCAUUUCCCUGAAUGACUCCAUUACCACCAAGGUAAACAUGGUGUCACCAAGCACUGACUUAAUCAAUGAUCCAGAUAACCAGACUGUUUCUCCUUUCUUUGUGCCCAUCAACACAAAACUUUCUCUUAUGCCUAUUCCAUCCCAACUCAACAGCAGCAAACAAUUACUGAAUAAAACCAAGGGGUACAACAGCAGAAAUCAGACAUAUGAGAAUGAAGACAAGAUACUCGAUGGGGCACCUGUGACUUUAAAGACCUGGCUGGCUUCUGUGGCCUCAUGCACCUUUGUCAUCUUUCUUUGCUGUUGUAUGGUCAUCCUGGCAACCAGAUGCUGUCGAAAGCAACAGGGCCAGUAUAAACUAGGACAGAGAAAAUCCAAGCAAAGGAUCCAAGCAAAGUAAAAAAUGUAAUAUGCUGAAGAACGACUCCUAAAAGAUGUCAUGAGAUUAUAAGCUUUCAAGGGUAUCAUCUUCAGUUUUCUGUAAGACAAGGAAGUUUGAGUAAAAAAUAUAAUUACACAGGAUGCUCACUCCUAUUUCUAAAAAGGCAAAUGUUUGGUAAACAUAACUGCUUUCUUGAUUAUUUCCAAAUUUUGA